CGCGUUCCGAAAACAUUGUAAAUCCGGGCGUCUUCGGGCAGCGGCGGUCCACUCGACCAGUCAGCCAGUCGGUCUCUGGAUCGCAAGCCGUCCGGAGAGGGCGCUCGCGCGACAAACUUCCGGGGCCCGUGCGGGGGCUUGAACGAGAUCGAUGCUGCAGCUCGGACACACCGGGGCCCACCGAUGGGCCAUCGGCAGGGGCUCGAGGAACGACCCGGGCCCCCCACGUCCUUGGACCCCGAACUGCUCGAACAUAUUCGCGAGUGUCCGUGUCCCUGCGACCAUAUGGGCUACGGCAACUAUUUGGACUAUCAGAUCCCUCCGUGUUCCGGGGACCUGCACGCCGUGACCAGGGAGACGUCUUUCAACGCGGGACCGCACCAUCAUCAGUACCACAACGUGCGGGACUACAGGCCCCACCACCCGCAGUACGAGUACGACUCGUGCUCUUGCAGCUCGGCGAGUGACACCAACAGAACCACCCUGAGGGGCCCGUGGUGCGUGUGCCUCGUGGUCUGCAUCGUGGUCGCCACCCUGACCGCAGGCCUGGGGCUGCCGCUCGCUAUGAACCCUCCGUCGGAGCCUCUGACGCAGGAGCAGCGCCUCGAUCUGGUCAGGAAACUGCUGAAGGAGACGCCGCUGAUCGACGGCCACAACGACCUGCCGUGGAACCUCAGGAAAUUCGUGCACAACAAGCUCGCGAGCCUCAACCUCAGCGCGAUCGGGCUAGAGGAGCCUUGGGCACAGAGCAAGUGGUCUCAGACGGACAUACCGAGGAUGAGGGCGGGGCUGUUGGGCGCCCAGUUCUGGUCCGCCUACGUGCCGUGCAAGGCGCAGCAUCUGGACGCUGUCCAGAUCACCCUCGAGCAGAUCGACGUCAUCAAGAGGCUCGUCGAGGUGAACUCGAGGCACCUGCGGCUCGUGCACAGCGCCGGCGAGAUCAGGGGCGUGCACAGGGAGGGCAUGAUAGCGUCGCUGAUCGGGGUGGAAGGUGGCCACGCCCUCGGAAACUCCCUCGCCGUGCUGAGGACGCUGUACAACCUGGGCGCAAGGUACCUGACCAUCACCCACUCCUGCGACACCCCGUGGGCUACCGGGCAGGACACGAUGACCAAGGAGGGUCUCUCCGAUUUCGGCAAGACCGUCAUCAGGGAGAUGAACCGUCUCGGUAUGAUCGUAGACCUGUCCCACGCCUCGAUACACACUGCCAAGGCCGCGCUCAAUAUUUCGAACGCGCCGAUCAUCUUCAGCCAUUCGGCCGCCUACUCGCUGUGCAACACCUCGCGUAACGUUCCCGACGACAUCCUGAAGCUCGUCGCGCACAACGGAGGCGUCGUCAUGGUCAACUUUUACGCUUACCACCUCGCGUGUAACGUCAACGCGACCGUCGCCGACGUCGUGCGCCACAUCAACCACAUCAGGGCGGUCGCGGGAAUCGAACACGUCGGAAUCGGCGCCGGCUACGACGGCAUCAACAUGACGCCGUCCGGCCUGGAGGACGUGUCCAGGUACCCGUACCUCUUCGCCGAGUUGUUGACGGACCCCGAGUGGUCCGAGGAGGACAUAGCGUCGCUGGCGGGCGAGAACUUCCUCCGGGUGUUCGAGAAGGUCGAGGAGGUGAGGGACAAGUGGCGUUUGGCGGAGGUGCUGCCCCUGGAGGAGCCCGGACCGCGCGUGGACGCCGGCUGCGUGUCGUCUUACUCCUGACCCAUGCUGAUGCUGGCCGCGUGGUUCGCCGCCUGCCGGUGGGCGCUCGGAGGUUUGCUGGCGGCCGGGUAACCCGCCCCCACCCGAACAAAUCAAACCCAGGUUGUGAUUACAAUGAUGAUAUACACACAAUCAGUUUUAAGGGACGAUUUUAGGCGAAUUUUUAUGUCGAAACCCGCCACCCCCGGCUUCGUGAACCCCCCCGAGGCAGAAAAUUAGCGAACGACCUUCGCCCCCCUCCCCCGUGCCGGUCGCCGCCGAUGGGCCGCGGCGCCCCGCGUAGGCAACCAGCAAUGUCGUUUUUUUUUUUUUUUUCUCGUUUCGCAUAUCGGUAAACUUGAAGUCGUAAGAAAGACCAUCGCCUACUACGAUUACCAGUGAAACUCUCAUCUGCAUAUAAUAAUAAUGAAUAGUCCUUAUUACCAUUACAUGGGCGAAGGCUGCCUUUAAGGCCAGUCACACUUAACCCAUUCCUAACUACAACUACAGAUAAAUUACAAGUAUGUAUGAAAUUACAAAAUAGAAUGAAACUAACUUUGAUUUGGGGCCGCUAUUUAAGGAGUUGAACAAGCUUACAGCAUUAUAUGUAAAAGAACAUUGAAAUUUUUUGGUGAUUGGUGAUUUAAUUGUAAAUUAUGAGCCUGCGCAAAGGUGACUAUAUUUUCCAAAUCCUUAUCUGCCAAAUCUGCCGUAUAAAUCAAAAACAAUAAUGGACCUAAUACUGAACCCUGUGGCACCCCUGAUGGAAUAUCUAGAUUAGUUGAUAGCCGGUCCCGCAACAGAACUUUUUGACGCCUGACACGUAAAUACAGUAAAAAUUCUACGACUUUCUCACAUUCGUCAUCAAUAUUGCAAAUUUGUGUCUUGUUAACAUUAUAUUCAGGUGUCACUUUGGCCUUAAUAAUGCAGGGUUUCCAUGGGAAUGCUUCCCUGAUUUUUAGGUUAUAAUUUACAUUUUAUUUGAUUUACCAUUUUAAUUUUAAAAUCUAGACUUUAAGCGGAUGAAAAUUAUGUCUCCAUAAACACAUCCACGAAACUUUUCUUUUGACAAUAAAGAAUCGAGACUAAAAUUUAAAUUCAAACCACCAAGACGAACGCGUUCUCUAACGGCUUACCAGCGGACUGACGUCAGAUGGCAGCGCGUUUCAAAGAAGAUUUAAAUUUUACAAUUUUUAGUUGCUUAUAUUUGUUACAUAGGACUGCGAAAUUAUUUUUUUUGUGAACUGUGGUUCUUUUAAUAUUAUAAACUUACUUUUAUAAGCAAUAUUUUUGAAAUUCAAUUCAACUCUACGUACGUCUCAAUGAGCUUUAAAUCUGUAUCCUGAAUUUCUAUACCUUAUCAUUUUGGUAGUUAAAGUAAUUAUAGUGAAUUAAGUUGUUUUUUUUUAACGAAAUUUCGAAAAUUUUUAUAAAUACAUAAUAUAAAAUGGAGGUUUAUAACUAACCGUUUAAUUCCAUCAAUUUCUGCGUAAUAAACGCGAAACCGGGUCUGCGCGAGGCUGGUUGCCUACUUUCGGGCGUCGUCGGUCCGCUCCCCGACGUCACCGGUCUCCGACGUUCCGACCGAUACGCACAACGCGGCGCGACAUUCACCGACUGAGUUUCGUAAAAUAGUUGACUAAAAACGGUGCGACGCGAUUUUUUGUAGACCGUUUUUUCGGUAAAACCGCGAAAAUCAAUUUCCCGCGUCGCAUUUUACUCUGAAACUGCCACUUAGACAUAUUUAGGUAGGUACCCGGAAUCCGCUUGAGGGCGCGCCCGCCUCCGGCGGCGGCCCGGAGCCGUAUAUAGAGGAGAGGAUCCGUUAGACUAACUUAAGUGCGAAAACCGCCCGAAAAAAAGGAACUUUCGCACCCACCCCCGUAUAUAAUAUUAACAGGUGUUUGUUUUUCGUUCGGCUUAUUUCGUAAAACAAAAAAAAAUGCGCGCAUGUGCAAAGUAGCGUUAAAUUGUGAUAAAAAUAUCAUCAAGUGAGCUGUGUCAGAUUUUCGUCGUCACACACACACGUCUAGUUUAGUUCCGUCCCCAUCACUUACUCCAUCUAUAUCUCUCUCUCUCUCUCUCACGCGGUAUACUUUAAAGCACUUCCCCGGUGUUCUUAGCGUCUCUCAGUUGAUUUUAGAUGUUUUAGCGUAGUAGAGUGGAAUAACAAAUGCGUAGACGUUUUACAUGUAGUAGGCGGUGUUUGAUUUCCCUUGGCUUCCGGACUGUUAUUAGCGUAGGCUUCGCGCCAGCGUUUCCGUUUUCACUGGAUAGGAGGGGGUGGGGGGCGCGCGCCGCCGCCCUCCCCCCCGAUAGAAAUGUGUGGCUUUAAGAAAUAGGUACCUUUUAUGAUUAAAACAUGAGGAAGAAAAAAAUCCGAGCUAUUUACCCAUAGAUUUAUUAUUAUACCGAAACGCGGGAUAUUUUUCAAUUUUAUUAAGAGUUUAUAUGUUGUUGUGUUUGUACGGUUUAAUAAUAUAGGACGGUAUUUAUGUAGGACACACAUUUGACCAAGCAUAUUUUGU